UUGUUUGCGGCAGCGAAAUCUCGGAGCGAAAAGCUAAACGCGAAGAAGAAGAAGAAACCCACGUUACCUGUUGCCAAAACAAAUUCUAUUAUAUUUCGUGUUAAAAUAUCUGGUCCUCAUCCUCAUCAUUAUCUUCUUCUUCUUCUUCUGCUUCUCGUUCUUCGAUUCGAGCAAGUAAAGGAGGAGAAGUUUGUUCUCUCAUCGCUCUUGGAUCCGACGUUAUAAUCUGCAUUGGGUUCUGUUGGUGGUGGUGCUUGUAGCAGAGAAAGGGUGGGCUUCUUCUUGGAGAUCUAUCCCGCAUUGGGGCACAUCAGACUUCUUGCAAGUCCUUUCUGUGAGGUAGGAGAUCUGUAUGAGGAGAAUACAUUUUUGUGAUCAGGAGUUCUAUAUUUGAAAAAUUAAAAUGGGUGCUUGUGUAUCAACACCCUCUAAAACAAUUAAACCGCGGAAGAAACACCAUCACCGGUUCAAAAAUUGCCGUGGAAAGAUUUCCAAUUCAGUCCCUGAUGGCACCAACAAAAGGAAUAGUGAUGCAGGAAAUGACAUAACAGAUUAUGCUGUUAGUGAGUUUGUUCGCAUGGACUUUGAGAAGGGUGCAACAACUACUUGCAGAAGAUCUGAAGUUUCUAAUUCGACAUUCCAUCUCACCCAGCUGCAAUGGCGCCACAGUCAGUAUGAUGAGAAUUUAAUUUGCCAAGAGGAUGCUUGGUUUGACUCAGUCAGUAUUCUGGAGUCUGAUUCAGAUGAUGACUUCAGUAGUGUACCCGGAGAUGGUUUUCCAUUGGUAGGCAAUGCAAAUGGGAACAUCUCAAGUGGCCAAGUGCUUCAGUAUGAAAGAUCAGCAUGCUUUAUGGAUAGCAGACGUAAGUAUGAAGAAUACCAUGAAAGCUAUCUGAAAAUUGAUGGAGGUAAUUCUGAGAAAUUUGGUACCGAGGGUUAUGAGCUUUCUUGCUUAGGGAAGGCUGAUGAAGUUUGUAGCCGGAGGGCGAAGAUGUUAGAUCAUUCUUAUGGAAGCUUUAAAGGUCUAAAAGAGGAUAGAUGUGAUUCCCGAGAGAAAACUCAAGGGUUACGUCGGUUGGUUCCUUCUGUAAGUUUCAAUGACAAGAGUCUAAACCCAUCGAUUGCGGGUCCACAGUCUCAGAGAAAGCACUCAGCAGUUUUCAGGCUUUCUUUCAAGAGGAAAUCCUGUGACGGAGAAGAAACCACUGAACAUUGUCAAUCAAAAAGAUACUUGUAUCGUCCCAGAGCAGGACAUACAAUUACACGUUGUACGGGAGAGAAGCCGACACCAGGAUGUUGGUCUGAGAUUCCACCCUCUACCUUUAAACUCCGGAGCGACAGCUAUUUCAAAGAUAAGCGGAAGUCACCUGCUCCUAAUUACAGUCCAUAUACUCCAAUUGGUGUUGAUUUAUUUGUCUGCCCAAAAAAGAUAGACCACAUUGCCCAAUACCUUGAGCUUCCCAAUGUGAAAGCAGACAGCAAAGUGCAACCACUUCUGAUUGUAAAUAUCCAGAUGCCUACUUAUCCUGCUGCAAUGUUCCUUGGUGACAGUGAUGGGGAAGGGAUGAGUCUUGUACUAUACUUCAAAGUUUCUGAAAAUUUUGACAAAGACACAUCUCCCCAAUUUCAGGACAGCAUCAAGAAGAUGGUUGAUGAUGAGAUGGAGAAGGUUAAAGGAUUUGCAAAAGAAUCAACUGUUCCUUUUAGAGAAAGGAUAAAAAUCAUGGCUGGAGUGGUUAAUCCUGAGGAUCUUCACUUGAGUUCUGCUGAAAGAAAGCUUGUACAUGUUUAUAAUGAAAAACCAGUCCUUUCACGCCCUCAGCACAAAUUUUUUAAGGGUCCUAACUACUUUGAAAUUGAUCUGGACAUUCAUCGGUUCAGCUAUAUAUCAAGGAAGGGACUUGAAGCAUUCCGAGAACGUCUGAAAUAUGGAAUACUUGAUUUGGGCUUAACAAUCCAGGCACAAAAACCAGAAGAACUGCCAGAGCAAGUGCUGUGCUGUUUGAGACUGAACAAGAUUGAUUUUGUCGAUCAUGGUCAAAUACCAACACUAGUGACCCAAUGAUUGACAGAGAUGGUGAGAUUUUGGGUUUGGCAUAAAAUAGAUAUAGACAACAACGUAGUUGGGGAUCAGGAUGUCCAUAUUGUACACAAUCAACCCCUGCUUUUCCAGCCUUGUGUAAAAGGAAAAGAAAAUCCAAAAAAAUAUAAAGUGUUACUUAUUUUGAAUCAAUAAUCAUGAUAAUAAUAUCAACAAUACAAGUAUAUAUAAA